CCUCUGUCUAGGAAUCGACACAUAUGUUGGCAAGACAAAAUUGACGACAGUGUAGAUCAUCUUCAAGAUUCCUUUAUAGCCGAAGGCUGACAUCAACUCUUGCGGAAUUUCUGAGCAGCAAACGAGAAAUGGCAACGACGAGGCUGAGGAAAACGUUCCACUACCCCGAUGAUGAUGACUCGCACGGGUCGCACGACGAAAUGGACGAGGAAGAGCAAGAGACGCUGCUCACCAAUCUCAGCACACGCGAAACCAAGCAGAAUAAGCAAUACGUAAUGAUUUUCAGCGUCCUGCCACUGGUGGUAAUGCUGGCAUUUCUGCGUGUCCUGGGCUUAUCCACCAGCAGAGCCAUGACCUUGGCCUGUAUACUCAGCAUCACGUCUUUACUCUUGAGCGCCUACAUCAUGUACUUUGUUCCGAUAGGAACGCCGUUAUUCGCUAUUGUCACGAAAACGGCGGCGAGGUUCGGCAUAGGGUCCCGCGACUCUGCUUCUCAUCCUCAUCCUCAGCAUUACUCGCAACAACCACAGCAACGCAUCGGGCAACGCCAACUCUUCACCAUUCCUUCGCUUACGAAAUCGGCUCCUCCGCCCCCGGACUUAGACACUCCGCUGGCGUUGGUUCUCCCGUACUUCAACGCUUUUAUCUGCGCUCUCCUCGCACUAGUGGCCUUACGGUAUCGUGCCUCAACCAACCCAGACAUUCCCCAGGGACUGUGGAUGGUCUUCUUGUUGCCCGCCGUGGUCUUCCUUGUGGUCUUGGUGAUCAGGAAUAGUAUAGAUGACAUUCAGAGUGGAUUGGGAGAGCUAAGAGGGUUGAAAUACGACUUCAAAGGUGCAUGAGAUACCUCCACUAUCAAGGAAAUCGAAAGCAUUGGGGCGCUCAGUAAAUGGAGUCAUGAUAAUACUGAAUGAAGGUUUCACGACACGGAUGUCUGGUCGUUCUAGUCUACGAACUGUCCCUCGUCCUCUUUCUGCGGUUUUGAUACAACGUGUUUCUAUAACAUCCACCAAACGUGGCCCACGUGCCACCAUUUA